AAACGUCACCAUGGUGGCCCUGAGAUCCCUUACGAAACCUAAAAUUGUGAAGAAGAGGACCAAGAAGUUCAUCAGGCAUCAAUCGGACCGAUAUGUCAAGAUAGCCAAAAAUUGGAGGAAGCCCAGAGGUAUUGACAACAGGGUCCGCAGGCGAUUCAAGGGUCAGAUGCUGAGGCCAAACAUUGGUUAUGGUAGCAACAAGAAGACCAAGCUGACCAUGCUGCCCUCCGGAUUCAGGAAGUUCCUCGUCCACAAUGUCAAAGAACUCAAAGUUCUGAUGAUGAGCACACACACACACACACACACACACACACACACAUCAAAUACACCACGGUAG